CAGAGCUGCGUGUAACUAUCACACUUCAGUACUCUACAAUGUUCCCCUAGACUAAGCAACGCUCCAAAGCCCGGAAUUCCACCGAAACCGAUCGCUUUAGUCAGUGAUUUUACUCCACCAGUCGCGGAUCCGCUGCGUUUUAUUUGUGAGGCGUGUUGAUGCUUUAAUCUGCUCGUUUCACCGGCAGCGUCCGAGCAGCGCAGCGGUUACUGAUGGUCCCGAUCUGUCCUCGUUUCCCGUUCGUUUUGUUUGUACUGUCAUACAACAUCACCUGUUACAUUACAUUUUAUUUAUAAUGUACGUUGCUCGUCUGGUCUAGUUCCAUGAGGAGUUGGUUAUGAGGUUAUAAUAUGAUGUUCUAAGAUUAAGAUGUGAUUAUUGAUGGAGAGAUGUGUCACCAUGCUGGUAAACAUUCAUGAAUACGAUCUGGUUGGUGGAUUGAAGGUCUUUAAAAGCAACUUCAGGUAAAGUUAGACUUGUCUUAUUCUUUCAAGAUGAGAAGUACUGGAUGGGUCCUAUAAUAAUCUGGACAUAUGUUCAUAGUGUCCUAUUGGUUAAGGGUGACGAAGGUGUGUGUGUGUGUGUGUGUGACGCUGAACAUAACAUCAGUAGUUGUGAAUGGAAGGAGGAGCUAUAAGACAGAGAGCAGCCAGAGCAUCUUCUCCUCUGGUGAUGGAGACAUCAGAGAGCACUGAGCUCUGCUUCCCUCAGCUCAACACGUCCUGUUUGAAGACGAAGCGUCCUCACUAUGAGGCCACGCUGACUUACAUCCUGGUGUUUUCUGUGUCUCUCCUUACUUUGUUCCUCAAUCUGCUGGUCAUCAUCUCCAUCUCCCACUUCAAGUAUUACAUAUUCUAGUAGUUCAUAAUAUUGUUUACUGUUGUGUAAAUGAACAUUUUAGACAAUAGCUUAAAAUUCUUGUUGGUCUUCCUCUGCAGGCAACUCCACACUCCAACCAACCUCCUCCUCCUCUCUCUGGCUGUCUCAGAUUUCUUUGUAGGCCUCCUCAUGCUCUUUCAAAUUGUGCCUAUAGUGGGCUGCUGGUUUCUGGGGGACCUCAUGUGCACCAUGUAUCAGUAUCUAGCAGCAGUUAUUACCUCUGUCUCGGUAGGAACGAUGGUCCUCAUAUCUGUCGACCGCUAUGUGGCUAUAUGUGCUCCGUUAUAUUACUCCACCAAAAUAACCCAAACUAGAGUUAAGGUGUGUGUUUGCCUGAGUUGGAAAUGUUCUGUGAUCUAUUAUGGCCUGAUGUUGCAGGAUAGCCUCAAACAGCCGGGGAGAUAUAACUCUUGCCUGGGAGAGUGCGUAUUUGCCUUCAACCACGUUUCCGGAGUUAUUGAUGUUGUUGUUUUUUUCAUUAUUCCAAUUAUUCUUAUUGUAGUUCUGUAUAUGAGAGUAUUUGUGGUGGCUGUGAGUCAGGCUCAAGCCAUGAGGGCUCACGUUGUAGCUGUCACACGGCAGCAUUCAGCGAAGGUGACAGCUAAAAAAUCAGAGUUAAAGGCAGCCAGGACUCUUGGUGUCGUUAUAGUCGUGUUUCUAAUAUGUCUCUGUCCAUAUUACUGUGUCAGUCUAACAAGUCCUGACACUUUGCUCAGUGCAUCAUCUGCUGUCUUUGUUAUAUAUCUGUACUAUUUCAAUUCCUGUCUUAAUCCGGUGAUUUAUGCUUUGUUUUACUCCUGGUUUAGAAAAUCGGUUCAGCUCAUUGUUACACUGAAGAUACUGCAUUCAGACAUACUGUAGAAAGUGUGGAGCUCUACAAUAACACAGUUAAAUGUGACUGUGAGACAAUGAUAAAAGUCUUCACACUUAUCUGUGUCAUUCAAUCUCACUUUGAUUAAAACCUUAAAUUAACAAAUAAUUAAAACUUUUAAAAAUACCUUUCAAAACUAUCUUUCAUUCUUUGAACAAAUUCUUUUUCAAGGCAUUUCUACCGUCACAUUUGGUCACAUAUUAUUACACUUGAUAGGUUUUUCACAUAAAACCAUCAUAGCUUAAAAACAACAUUUUAAAAAUGUAUCUUUCACGGUCACUGUUACUCUCAAUUAUUUAGGAAGGUAUAGUUUAUUACAGUAAAAAAGUAAAAGAAAAUACUGUUUAAACAAAUCCUUUUAUUGAAUUAGUUUAAUUCUGCAUAACCAAGCAAAGGUAAAGGAGGAACUAUAAUCAAGAGUCUGAUUCUGAUACUUUAUUCACUGCUUUAAUGUGGUCGAGAGAAAACAGAAUGCCAUUUAAUCCAUUUAAUUACCAAUAAUUAACCCGAAUGCUCUAGUUCAAGUUCUUGCUCAUGACAGCGUCUGACCUGCUAGUUAUCAUCUCCUAGUCGAGUCAACAGCAAAAAAUACCACAUAGUAUUUCUGAAAAGAUAAACUGAAGACGUUGGAAUGUUGAACAGGCUGUUGCGAGCUAAACCCUGUGAGCCUUUCAUUUUAUCCUUUGAAGGUUGGUUGCAUUUUCUUGGUAUCUUUGCUUUAAACAGUUCAGAUAAAAUUACCUAAGCAAGUUGUACUAUUGUGCGUGUGUGUGUGUGUGUGUGUG